AUGGAGUCCUCCGCCAUCAACGGGGCCCUAUGGGUGCUGGGCAAGGCGCUGAGCCCGCUGUCCGGCGGCCUAGUCGAGGCGUGGGCAGCCAGCUUCGGGCUUGGCCUCAACAUCGAGGCACUCAAGACGGAGCUCCUCUACGCGCAGGCCAUGCUCGACAACGCCCGCGGCCGGGAGAUCCACAGCCACGCGUUGUCUGAGCUGCUGCAGAGACUGCGCGCCCUGGCGUACGGUGCAGACGACGUGCUUGACGAGCUCGACUACUUCCACAUUCAGGACAAGCUUCACGACACCUUCGAGACCGUCCAUGAAGACGACCGCGGGUGCGUCCAUAACCUUCUCCGCGAUACACGAUACACAACCAAAGAUGGAACCAAGCUGCUUGGGUGUGCAUCGUGCUGCUCUGCUGCAAGCGGCACUUACAAAGCAGAUGAGUCAUGCAACUGCGUCAGCCGGCUCGCCUCCCGUACUCGCUCUACCAUCCAUGCAUUCGGUAAACGACUUCUAUGCUCUUUUCCUCUAUCUGUUCAUAAAGAAGAUGAUAGUGAUACUUCUUUUGAUGAUGAUGAUGACGAUGAUAGUAAGCAUACCCCUAAAGUACCAAUGUUGAAAUUUGAUAGGGUGGAUGUCUCUACAAGAAUGAAAUGUAUCACAUAUGAAUUAAAGCCCCUCUGUGCUAAGGUCUCCACCAUUCUUUGCCUAUCAGGCUCUGUCUAG